GUAAGGGAGGAGGUUGUUGUAGACAUGAUCAACCGCAGUUCAUUCCGGCCUUGACAUCUGUGUGAACUACAUUGUGAUUUGUAAUUUAUACACAUGACUCGCACAUGAUUGAAGUAAACGUAACGAAAGAUAUUUAACAGUACAUAAAUUUUCGGUAUUUAUAAUUUGAAUUUAUUGGAUCAAGUAUAAAACUUUUUUUUUCUGUGAUAGUGCUGAAAGCUAUGUAUUUUAAAAAUUAAAAUACUUAAAAAUAUUCCAACAACCUUACUAGGCUAAAGUGAAAAUAAUCAAUAUUUCAUUACUAGUAAAAUUUAUAAUCUGAUGAAUUUAAUACGUCAUACGGGUGAUUUUAAUGUUGUUGAUAAUUUUUUUUCCUGUGAGGUUAUGAAACUUUUUAAAUUACCAUCGAUUAAAAAAUUAAAAAAAAUUUGUUUUAAUUUUAAUGUUUAUUAAAGUUGAUUAGUGAUUAAAAAUAAUAAAUUUUUUGCCUAAAAAUAAAAUGAAUUUUCAGACUUUUUACAAAGUAUUUGUUAAAUUUAUAAAAACUGAUUUCGAUUCUAAUGUAAUUCGAUUAAUUAAUCAGUAAAUUGAUGAUACAUUUCAUACAAAUUAUGUGAAUAAUGAUAAAUAAUGUUGCGUAUUGGGCAACAUAAAAUCACUCACUGGAACAAGCAAUUAUUCGAAUAGGAUGAAAUAUAUGAUCGCUCAUUCUAAACUAUUUAUUGUUAAAAGCAAGUCAUGACAAUGAUUGAUUUCAAUAACAUAAUAAUAUACAAAAAUGUGCGAGAAAAACUUAAGGUUCUCCAUCACAAGACUAAUUGUUGACAGGUACAAAAAUGGCAGUGAAUAUAAUUCCCCGAAGCAAUAAUACUGCUGAUAAUCUGUCAACUUCAUUUGAUACAGACAAAAGUUUAUCGUCUCCAAGUUACUUAAAAGACUUCGAAAACGUUAUUUUUUUCAUUAUAAAAGCAAUAAUAAUGAGUUUCAUUAUUAUCGCAGCGUUGUUUGGCAAUCUACUGGUGAUAGUCUCAGUUAUGCAACACCAUAAACUUCGUAUAAUUACAAACUACUUUGUUGUUUCAUUAGCUUUAGCUGAUAUGCUGGUUGCAAUUUUCGCAAUGACUUUUAACGCCAGCGUUGAGCUCUCUGGAAGAUGGCUCUUUGGUUAUUUUAUGUGUGAUGUAUGGAACUCACUUGAUGUAUUCUUCAGCACUGUGUCUAUUCUUCAUUUAUGCUGUAUAAGCGUUGAUCGUUACUAUGCAAUAGUUCAACCUUUAGAUUACCCGUUAAUAAUGACUAAUGUACGAUUGGGGACCAUGCUGGGUUUUGUUUGGUGCUCACCGACAAUAAUAAGCUUUCUCCCUAUUUUUGCUGGUUGGUAUACGACGCCUGAGCAUCUUGAGUAUCGUCGAAAAAACCCCGACCUAUGUAUGUUUCAAGUUAACAAACCUUAUGCUGUCAUAAGCUCAAGUGUCAGUUUUUGGGUGCCGGGAAUCAUCAUGAUUGCAAUGUACUAUAAAAUAUACAGGGAAGCGGAUCGUCAAGAAAGGCUACUAUACCGGAGCAAAGUCGCAGCAUUAUUGCUCAACAAGCAUUUACAAAUAAAUGGCAUAUCAGCGGGCUUAGGAUCAUUGCCGCCUGUAAAUCCUUCAGUACCAGAUUCACAAGCGGAAGAACCACAAAUUACUAGCAGUAGUAAAAUGAAACGAGAAAGAAAAGCUGCCAGGACUCUGGGGAUUAUCAUGUCUGCAUUUCUAGCGUGUUGGCUUCCAUUUUUUUUCUGGUACUUAAUCACAGCGUUGUGUGAGACAUGUGAAAGUAGUAGCACCGUAGUAGGAGCAGUGUUCUGGGUAGGCUACUUCAAUAGUGCCCUUAAUCCACUUAUCUAUGCCUAUUUUAACCGUGAAUUUCGUGCAGCCUUUCGCAAAACUCUUGAAAGUUGUUAUGGUUUCUUAGCACCUGUACCAGAUGUGAGACAAAUCCACAGAAAACAUGAUUUCGUUCACAGUAAUGCCUCAUCAGAAUUGCACAUACACAAUGCCGCUCGAGGAAGCGAAAUGACUAAUGUCCACAUGGAGGCGUGUAUUUAAAUAUAGUUUUUAGAUCCGUUAGAAAACUAUUAUAUUAAUAAAAAUCCUGUUAUAAACCGUAUUUUUAUUAAAGUGAUAUAGUAAGAAAUUUGUUAUUAA